UGUCCCUUUUCGCAAACGAUCGGUGACCAAGCUGGCAGUCGGACACGUACCACUUUCGAUCCGGGACGGCACAGAAGAAGAAAAAGCAGAAGCCAGCAGCAGCAGAAGAAGAAACCAGAAGAAAAGUUUUCCGAUUUUUCGCCUACUUUGAUUGGAAAAUUCGACCCACAAUCGAGCGAAAACCCAACUCGAUAGGAUUACCAGAAGCAGCCAGGAGGAGGAGCACGAGUGGAGCAGGGAGGGGAGGCAGCUAGCGAAAAUUUUCUGAACGAGAAAGGAUUUCGGAUUUUUACACUUCGGCCCUUGUUACCCACACAGCGAAACACACAAAAUACUAGACACUACUUUUUUGAUUUCGUAAAACUAUUUCUUACUAACACUAAAGAUGAGCGCUGAACCACCAGCAGCAGAGUCAGCUCCAGACGGACUCGCACCGGGCGCAGCGGGCGGAGAACCUGGAGCGGAUGGAAUUGUCGGUGGACCACGAACCCCCCAGCAGAUCGCAGCACAGAAGCGACUGCAGCAGACGCAAGCACAGGUAGACGAGGUUGUGGACAUCAUGAAAACGAAUGUGGAAAAGGUGCUGGAGCGAGAUCAGAAACUAUCGGAACUAGACGACCGAGCCGACGCCCUGCAGCAGGGAGCCUCACAGUUCGAACAGCAAGCCGGUAAACUGAAGAGGAAAUUCUGGUUGCAGAACCUAAAAAUGAUGAUAAUAAUGGGUGUCAUUGGCCUUGUUAUACUUGCAAUCAUCGUAGCGAAAUUUAUGCCAGCUGAACAACCACAACAGCAGAUGAUGAUGCCCCCGAUGCAGCAGAUGCCAAUGCAGGUACAGCAGCAAGUCCCGGCUGCCCCGGCGGCACUCGUACAGGACCCCUCGUCGCUAGUUUCCAAUCAACAUCAGUUUAAAAACUAAAGUCACUAAAAUCAUAAGGAACACACUAACUUAAAAGUUAUUCGGAAGAAAAAGGCAAGUAACAACAGACAAACAUACACAAAACACAGCAACAACACUCACAUUAAAUGAUACAAUUUGAAGAAUAAUUAAAGUAUAUAGUGACGACAAACAAAACUCUUUACAUAUGAUCUAUUAUACAUAUUUAUCAAACAAGAGAAACCAAAAAGUAAGGUACGGAAAAAUCGAUUAUUUUAUACGUUAACCAUUUAUUACACUUAACCUAACAAAAUUUAUGUAUGUUGUUACUGAUCUUGUUUGAAUUUUGUCUGGUGACAAAGUGAUGCAUUCUUCGUUAUUGACCGUUACUCCCAAAGUUUUUUCCAAGAGUUUUCCCUAAACUAGAGAAAGCGCGAAACGUUCUAUCAAACAUACUCAAUAAGGGAGGCAUCCCAGAGUUAAACACAUAAAUCAGUUAAGAAUGAAAAUAUUAGUGAACAGAAAAUAAACAGCACAGAAAAAGUAACAACGUAAUAAUUCCAAACUCCGCAGCAUUUUUUCAUGUCCCCGAAAGUCGCAAAAACACCAAAAUGAAAAUACAAGUGAAAAUCUACCAAAAGAAAGCAUAUUACAAUUAUACAUCAAAUGGCGAAAUAGAAUGUCACUACACUAAAACAAAAGUGCAAGAUAAAAAACUACUCAAACUUCAAGGAUUUUGUUGACAAAACUGACAACACAGAGCAAAACAAAGGUUUUGUUAAUUUCCAACGAGAAAAGCAAACGCAGUAUCCAGACCGUACGCAUUGUUUGGUUUGCUGAACAAGAACAUAAGGUUAGAUCAAAAAAUUGUUAUAAAUUUGAACUUUAGGGAAUCACAAAUUUACUAUAGGACACAAAUACAAAUAGUGGAAACAAGGAUACUACUAAAACCGAUAUAAUCAUUAGCGAAGAACUACAAGAUACGAUUUUCGUCAAUGUUUCUUUCACCCUUCGGUUCAAAUCUCUUCCAUCCGUGCACGCGCCGAAUGGUUGUUCUAUUCUUUGCACACUGAGAUAAAAAAAAGCUUUUGCUUACAAUUACCACGUGACACAGGAACGAUGCUCGGAUUCCAUGUGAUGGUUUCCAGCUUGCAUUACCCUGCGCAUACAAACACAAACGAACACCUUUCAAAAGAAAGUAACUUUCUUUCCCGUCGAUUAGCGCGACCUUUAGUACAAUUUCUUGCAAACAGUAGAAUUUUAUCGAUAGUGACAUGAUAAUCAACCGAUUUUUCUUCGACUACAUCUCUCUGUGUCCACUUACCAAAAGCAAAAUAAAGGAGUUUUAAGAGAAGCUAGUCGUUCCUUCUAUUAAAGUGUCUCGAAUCGAAUCAAAAGUAUAAAACGUUUAAAACAACACAACUCGCCACUGUUUCAUCUCUACAGAAUCUCGCCACUCACAAUCAGUCAUCCGUCAUCCAGUCAGUGAUGUGAUAACCAAGCGUCUAUUGUUUCGCUCAUCAUUCCAUACAGAUCUCCCUGUCAAACGAGACGAGAAACAAUCACCAUCUUACACAUACAUACCUUGCUUUAUUGACGAUUUUGUCUCAAGAAACUACUUUCGUGCAGUGACAAAAUGAUCUUAGAAAGGUGAAAGUAAAUGUAGGACAAAAUUGAAGAAUAAAAAACUCAACUCAACGAUGAAACAUAGUGAAACCAUAGCGAAAAGAAUCAAUACAAAUCUAAAAACAAACGGCAUAAGCAGACAAAGAAGAAAAAACAAACAAUUAGAAAGUCAGCAUCAGAAUCAAGUUAAUCACACUCUAAAACACACAACACAAGGUUCACAGUUCACCAUUCAAAAAAGUAAGCAAACAAAAACAAAGUUAAUGAGACAAACAAUGUGUUAUUUAACGUAACAAUUUGAAUUUGAAUUGAAUAGUGAAAGUAUUUCACCGGAACAAAAAGAAACAUUCAUUUCAGUUUUAAUUUUUUGAAUUCAAUAUUCUUAAACGAAAACAAAAAUGAAAAUAUAUAUACUGACAAAACAAAUAAUAAACAAAGAAAAUGGGAAAAACAUAUAAAAAAUUACAUAUAUAGCUUUGAAAAUUGUAAAAAACAAACUAUAAAUUGUUAUCUAUACUUUUGCGACCCCCCAAGUGAGCUAGAAAGAUAAUUCCAUGCGAAACAGGAGAGCGAAAUGCGACACUACUGAUAAUAGGUAAAUCGAACAAAGAAGGUAUUCAAAAAAUGUAAGCGUGACGCGAAAAAAAUGGGGAAAAAAGGCAAAAAUGUGGAACUAAUUCCGGACAGCAUGAAGAUUAAACAAUUCUGUGCUACACAUAAUCUCGAAUCGUGCGUGUAGAGAAGAGCGAACCGCAUAGAUGGGAAAGUUAAUGGAUGUGAAAAUUAUUAAGUACACCUAACAAACACAUACACACGCAGGAAGGUGGAGAAGAAGGGAAGUGACAGUAGAAAGCACGAAAUGAAGAAAAGUAUAAAUAAUAAUGAAUAAACGAUAUAUAAUUAAUGAUUAAAUAAAGACAAUUAACUAGUGUAUGUAAAUA